AUGUCUUUCGACUUUCUGUCCCUGCCCGCUGAGCUCGGCAACAUGGUCUAUCGACGAUACCUCUCCGAUGACCUCAGCGCUACUGCGUACUUCAACCAACAGGUCCGGCUGGCGCAGUUGCAUGUCCCUGGGCUGGCUAGGGCAUAUGGACCUCAGCCACCUGGUACUCCAGGUCCAGACAUCUACAAUGAGGUCAUUACCUACUUCUACGGUCAAAUGGAGGUUACUAUGGACCUGCGAAGGGACCGCACGUUCUGGGACUACUGGACGAUGUCGACCGCCACCAAUGACUUUGUUGCCCAUCUUCGCAAGUUCGAGAUGGUUGGACGUACAGUCUGCGAUGGAGUCUAUCAUGACAAAAUCUUCAUAGACUUGAACAACACCACUAACCCUGUGUCGAGUGGAAAUGAUCAGCCUGAGGUGCAUAUUACUGGAUGCGCGUGCACAGGGCCAUAUGGAGCAGCGAUACUCACCAACACCACAGAACGAACCUCGACAGACAGCAACAAACAGUCCAAAACACAUCACCCAAGCCCGCCUCCGCACCCCGCCGCCGCCACCGCCGCCACCGCCGCCCAAAUGCCUCACUUCCGAAAGUUCGCCGAAAAGCAAUCAAACUACAUAAUUAGUUUCUACCCCUCCACUGUCAGUUCGUCAAGAGAACCGGGCCAUUGA